UUCUGGGGACCUCUGCAUCGCCACCGACAUACGCGACACGUCUCGUCCCAGUUACACCAAGCCAGUCAAGCCUCACAGUCAACAUGAAGACUACCCUUUCUGCGCUGGCCCUUGUGGCUCUAUCCUCUGCCACCCCCGUCUCCCUCAAGGAACGCCAGGGCCAGAGCACCGGCGACGGGCCGUUUGCGCCGGCGGGCUACUACACUUCGGAUGCUCUCCAGGGCCACACCUUCUACGCCCCCAAGGAGGUCCCGUCCGGCGCCAAGCUCCCCGUCAUGCUCUGGGGCAACGGCGGGUGCUCGGCCGACGCCACGGGGCAGGCGCCCUUCCUGACGCAGCUGGCGUCGUACGGCGUGCUCGUCAUCGCGAGCGGCACGCCCGGCGGCCAGGGCAGCACGACGGCCGACGUCAUGAAGGAGUCGAUCGACUUCAUCAGCACCAACGCGGGCCAGGGCGACUUCGCGAGCGUGGACGCGUCGCGCAUCACGGCGGCGGGCUGGAGCUGCGGCGGCGUCGAGGCGUACGCCCAGAUCUGGGACGACCGCGUGCAGAGCGUGGGCAUCUGGAGUUCGGGCUUGCUGACCAACUACACGGCGGCCGAGAACUUCCGCAAGCCCGUCUUCUUCUUCCUCGGCGGCCAGAGCGACAUCGCCUUCGCCAACGGCGAGCGCGACUACAACGCCAUGCCCGCCGGCGUGCCCAAGUGGAAGGGCAACCUCGACGUCGGCCACGGCGGCACCUACACCGACCCCAACGGCGGCAAGUUCGGCGUCAUCGGCGCCCAGUGGGUGCAGUGGACCAUGCGCGGCAACUCCUCGGCGUCCGAGUACCUGACGGGCGAGGGCGCGGCGGCCGAUGGCUGGCAGGUGGUCUCUGCGGACCUGGACCAGUUCAGUGUUGAACCGAUUGCUUAAGAGGGCAUGGAUAGGGGUCAGAGGACGCAACCGGAGAUCUUGGAUAUUCGAUUGUUGGAUUGGAGAGUAAAGCUACUUUUUCAAACUACUAUGAUCGAUGCAAUAACAUUCAAGUUGAAAGCAUCUACUGCAUCUCCUCAGUACCGAGUCCUUGGGCCGAGCCGGCUCUUGGACGACCGCAUGCCGUAAAAGAAUGCGGGAAAGCAUCAAGUGAAGACAAACAGGGGAAUGUAGCUCUUUUGCCAAAAGGCUACCAGUCGGUACCCAAGCUGGGCUCAGUCAAUUC